AUGGAAUCUGUGGUUUCCUUUGAAUCGUGCGGUUCAUUGGGUUUUAAGAAGCGGACAUCUUUGGUGCAGUUGAAUUUGAAUUGCUCAGGUUCGGGAAAUUCUGUUCCAAGCACAGCCUUCUUCGGUAAUAGAUUGAAGAAAGUGAGAUCCAAAACCACCGGUCCAAAGAUUUCAUCUAGUAGAUUCAAAGUUGUGGCAGAAGUGGAUGAGCAGAAGCAGAGCAACAAGGACAAAUGGAGAGGCCUUGCAUUCGAUAUGUCCGAUGACCAACAGGACAUCACCAGAGGGAAAGGAAUGGUGGACUCUCUCUUCCAAGCUCCAAUGGGUGCUGGUACUCACCACGCGAUCUUGAGUUCCUAUGAUUACAUCAGUGCAGGUCUUCGACAAUACCAAUUGGAUAAUAACAUGGAUGGCUUCUACAUUGCCCCUGCUUUCAUGGACAAGCUAGUAGUUCACAUUACUAAGAACUUCUUGAACCUGCCCAACAUCAAGGUUCCCCUCAUCCUAGGUGUUUGGGGAGGAAAAGGUCAAGGAAAAACAUUCCAGUGUGAGCUUGUCUUUGCCAAAAUGGGCAUCAACCCCAUUACAAUGAGUGCUGGAGAAUUAGAAAGUGGGAAUGCGGGGGAGCCUGCAAAAUUGAUCAGGCAAAGGUACCGUGAGGCAGCAGACAUAAUCAGAAAAGGGAAAAUGUGUGCGCUCUUCAUCAAUGAUCUUGAUGCAGGGGCAGGCAGACUCGAUGGGACGACCCAAUACACAGUCAACAACCAGAUGGUGAAUGCCACUCUGAUGAACAUUGCUGAUAACCCAACCAAUGUUCAGCUACCUGGUAUGUACAACAAAGAGGAGAAUCCCAGGGUUCCUGUCAUAGUCACAGGUAAUGACUUUUCCACAUUGUAUGCCCCUCUUAUCCGCGAUGGUCGUAUGGAAAAAUUCUACUGGGCUCCUACUAGGGAAGACAGGAUUGGUGUUUGCACUGGUAUUUUCCUAACGGACCAUGUUCCUGAGGACGAUAUUGUCAAGCUUGUUGACACCUUCCCUGGGCAAUCAAUUGACUUCUUUGGUGCCAUUAGGGCGAGAGUGUAUGACGACGAAGUGAGGAAGUGGAUUUCUGGUGUUGGGGUUGAAAAUGUGGGGAAAAAGCUUGUGAACUCAAAGGAGGGACCUCCAAAAUUUGAGCAGCCAAAUAUCACACUUGACAUGCUCCUUGGGUAUGGAAACAUGCUUGUCCAAGAGCAGGAAAAUGUAAAGAGGGUCCAACUGGCCGACAAGUACCUGAAUGAGGCAGCCCUAGGAGAUGCAAAUGAAGAUGCCAUAAAAAGAGGAACUUUCUUUAAUUAGAAACCUUAGUGCUAAAGGCCUUGAUUGGGAUGUUUGCAUCUGGCUUUUGGAUUAAGAGGGAGUGAAGAUCUUCAGAAGAGUUUCUUAAGCUUUUCUGUCAAUGUUUGGGUGCAGGCAAAGCAGACCAACAUUAACAACCUUCCUGUUCCUAAAGGCUGCACUGAUUCAAUUGUAGCAAACUUGAUCCACCAGCCCAGGUCGAGGAUGGAAGCUGCCUACCAGUUUUGAACAGGUUCUAGCCAUUCGAUUAUAUUAUAUACAGAGUAGCCACAAAAUUGAUGUAUGUUAUCAGUGAUGUCAAAUCUAUUUCCUAGAAAAUAUAAGUGAAAACUCCCUGGAUGACUUCUGUAAUCAAUAUCUAUCAACACACGUAUACCUAUAACUGUCUUGAUGCACCUAAAUGAACAGGUCUGGG